AAGAAGACCAAAACCCGGAAGUGAAGAUGGCGACCGCCUACGAGAGGUUCAAUCUGCAUGCAACACCUGAGAAGUUCUACAUUGAGGCCUGUGAUGAUGGAGCUAAUGACGUGCUGGUUAUUGAUAGGGUGUCCACCGAGAUGACCCUCUCAGGUAUUAAGGACAUCCCCCCAUCAGGCGUCACCAGACCUAUCUGUGGAAUCAUGGGAACUAUUCGGCUGGUGGCUGGGAUGUACCUCAUAGUCAUCACCCGGAAAAAGAAAGUGGGCGACCUGUUUGGCCACACUGUGUGGAAAGCGCUGGAGUUUGAUGUGAUUUCUUAUAAGAAGACCAUUUUGCACCUCACAGACAUUCAGAUGCAAGACAACAAGACGUUUCUGUCUAUGAUCAGCAAUGUGCUCAACACAGACGGUUUCUACUUCUGCACGGACUAUGACCUGAGCCACACACAGCAGCGCCUGUCCAACACCAGCCCGGACUUCCAGGAGAUGAGUCUGCUUGAGAGGGCAGACCAGAGAUUCAUGUGGAAUGGAAACCUUUUAAGAGAAAUAAUCGCACAACCUGAGCUCCACAAAUUUGCCUUUCCUGUCAUCCACGGAUUUAUUGUGAUGAAGCCGUGCUGCAUCAAUGGGAAGGUGUUUGAGUGGAUCCUCAUCUCUAGACGGAGCUGUUUCAGAGCUGGAGUCCGAUAUUAUGUCAGAGGCAUUGACUCUGAAGGACAUGCUGCUAACUUUGUUGAGACAGAACAGAUAGUCCAGUACAAUAAUUCCCAGGCCUCCUUUGUGCAGACUCGAGGCUCCAUGCCUUUUUUCUGGUCUCAAAGACCUAAUCUGAGGUACAAGCCCAAGCCUCAGAUAAGCACCGACACCAAUCACAUGGAUGGAUUCAGGAGGCAUUUUGAGUCGCAGGUUCUUAUUUAUGGCAAACAAGUGGUUCUAAAUUUGGUGAAUCAGAAAGGAUCUGAACUGCCCCUUGAACAGGCCUUCGCCAAAAUGGUCAACGGCAUGGAGAACGGACUCAUCAAGUACAUAGCCUUUGACUUUCACAAAGAAUGCAGUAAGAUGAGAUGGCAUCGCCUCCAGAUUCUCGUUGAUGCCGUUUCUGACAUGCAAGAGGAGUUUGGGUACUUCAUGGUGAGCUCAGACGGGAAGGUGACGUCCGAGCAGUCUGGAACCUUCCGCAGUAACUGUAUGGACUGUCUGGACCGCACCAACGUCAUUCAGAGCCUGCUGGCCAGACGCUCCCUACAGAGCCAGCUACAGAGGAUGGGGGUCCUCCACGUAGGCCAGAAAAUUGAAGAGCAGGCUGAUUUUGAGAAGAUUUAUAAAAACGCGUGGGCAGACAAUGCCAAUGCUUGUGCUAAACAGUACGCAGGAACCGGAGCAUUGAAAACCGACUUCACCAGAACCGGGAAGAGGACACACUGGGGCUUGGUAAUGGACGGCUGGAACUCAAUGAUCCGUUACUACAAGAACAAUUUCUCAGACGGGUUUAGACAAGACUCCAUCGAUCUCUUCCUUGGAAACUAUACAGUGGAUGAAACCGAAAGCUUGACACCUCUGCAUGUGCAGAAGGACUACAAGUUCCUCUUGCUUCCUGUUAUUAUGGUGGUGGCCUUCUCCAUGUGCAUCAUCUGUCUCCUAAUGGCAGGGGACACUUGGACCGAGACGCUGGCGUACUUGUUAUUCUGGGGCAUGGCCAGUGCUCUUACGGCCGCUGUCAUCGUGGUCAACGGACGGGAGUUUGUAGACGCACCGAAACUGGUCCAAAAAGAGAAGAUGGACUGAAUAUCGAGACCUCCUUCCUUCAGCUCUCUCGGUUUCCUCUUUAUUUCCCUCCAAUACUCUCCACACUGUCCUUAAACUCCUUCAGCAGAGCAAAUCUCCUGUUUCCUGCACCUAUAGAUGGAGCCUCUUUGUGUUAUCAUAUAAUUUCACAUCAGUUACUGUCUGCACUACAAAUUACCUUUGAAUCAUGGGACAAACUUCAUGAAAUUUCCUUAACAAUAGUACUUGCAUCAGUUUAGAAUUACGCAUGGGUUUCACAACAUCUCCAGCUUGUAAGUGCAUGUGGACAUUGCAUCGUACUUCAAAGGUUUCUGUGUUGUUACUGUCCGGCGAUCGAUUUAAAUUGACCCAUUGUGAAAUUGGAGCUAUUGUUGUGUCUCUAGAGCUCCUGCUUUAUGAUAUUGGACACCAGACGUGUGUCCAUGUCCCGGUCUAUGGGUUGACAGAUCAAUGAAGGUCUAUUGUAUUUAGAUUGUUACACAAGGGAACAUUACAUGAGGCAUUGGUGGCUCAGUCCUGGGUUAUUACCAUAUCUGUCCCAAAAUCAGCCUUACGUUUUAUUUUCAGUUGUUCUUUGCAGUGACAGUUUGGGUUUUAAUAUCUUUUUUUUUCUGCCAGUAUAUUUAUGGGUUUGUGUCUCUCAUAAAUGAUAAAAUUAGACAGCUGUGGGACGCACUGGGGGAAAGAGGUAUUAAGCACUUUCUUUAUGAGUUUACUCAAACAUGUGAACAGCACUUUCCAGUGUAACUUCUGAAUGUCUCUUCGAGGACCAAUGAACACUAACAGAUAUGGCACACAUAAAGUCGCUCUUUGACUUCACUUCUCUUCAGCGUUACCAAUUCAGUGGCAGUUUAUUAGAAGGAAAUAGAUUUCUAUCAGAAUACCUGUUGAAUUUCAUCACACUUUUAAUUGAAUUCACUUAAACUAUACUGACAGUUCAGAAGGCAUGCGCUUUUAACUCAAUUAUUUAGAAAGUGUCUUUCAUGAACCUCAUAUUGCAGAAAAAAUGUCAGUUUUAUUUAUGUUCACUUGCAUGAUGGUGCAUUUCAAAAUGCCUUACCUUUAACCCAACCAUUUCUUUUCAUUUUGACAAAUUUAGACUCAUUUAGCAGGGUGUUUUUUUGGGGAUUAGGACUGCACACUGAUAAAUGAAUUGCUUACAGGUCACGUCUUCCUUUUAAACUCAAUACAGCCUUUACAAAUGAAUGCUCAUCGGUUUGUUUUAAUGGUGACAAAGAAUGUAGAUUUCGAUACCUUUAUAUGUGUGUUUUGAUGUCAUCUGCAAAUGAUAAUGCAAGUUAGAGAGUCAUAUUGGACACGUCUCAACAGGGGAUUGCAAAUGACAGUUUCCUCAUAUUCAUAUGGGUAUCGUAUUUCAGAGAUAUUUUUGUGUGCAAGAGUCAAGAUUAAAAUAGCUGGAUGGAAACACAACAUUGAUAACUAAAUCCUAUGUGUUUGAUGUUUACCUGUAUAAAUCUGAUGUGUAAACUGUACAUUGGAAAGAAAUUAGAAUAUAUAUACAUAUAUAUGAGUGUGUCUUUGUAAUCAUGUACUGUACUAUACAGUGUAGUUUACAACAACAUAGAUUUAGCACUUUCUGGUUGAGUUAUUGAUCAAUCAAAGUGAUGUUACUGAUCACAUUCUUCCAUGAAUAUGGCUUUCAUUACUAGAUUAUAAACCGUUCGAUCAUUGUAUUUCCAGGGGUUUGUGUUAAAUGACAUAUUAUCAAUAUUAAUUGUGUUUUUGGAAUUGAUCCUGAUCCUGUAUUCAGUAUUUGCCCAUGAUUUCAAGGGAAUGGUUUGUGAGACAUCAGUUGUCUUUAGUAGUCUUAUCAGUCUCAAACAUCUACAGUUCUAAUGAAAACCACACUAGGCUAAUUUAGGUUUUUGAACAUAGAGGUGUCAUCUCAUCCCUUUUAAAAGACUUCUCAACCACUGUAUCUAAUGGUUUCUUGAUGAAAUCGUGUUUAAUAAAUUCUAUCAAUAAAAUGCAA